AUGAAGUUCAAAGAGAAAAUUUUUAUCUUAAUAUUUAUUCUCUUUUCAAUAAUAAUAACCCUUACAUUUUUAGUACAAGAAAAUCCUUAUGAUGUAUUACCAGAAAAAACAAUAUAUGAUCAGAAUCCAGUUUCAACUAAUCAUACAAAAGAGGAUAAAGAACUUCCAAAGGAAGCAAAUGUUUUAGAAAAUGUACAAAAAUCACAAAGUCCUAUUAAGCCAAUCGAGACGAGACCUACCCAUGUAUCUACUGCUACUAUGGAUAACUCUUCAACUAUUAAUCUACAUAUUAACGCAUCGCCUACAAAUAAUGAUGUAGCAAUUGCUACCAUUGAUGAUUCAAAAAGUAUUGUAAAGAUUGCUACUAUUGAUGAUUCAAAAAGUGUUGUAAAGAUUGCUACUAUUGAUGAUUCAAAAAGUGUUGUAAAGAUUGCUACUAUUGAUGAUUCAAAAAAUGUAACGAUUGCUACUAUUGAUAGUUCAAAGGAUUCAAAAGAUUCUUCUGGAGCAGUUGCUCCUGUUGAUAAUUUAAAAAAUAAAAAUAAUUCUUCUGAAGAAAGCGCCGGUAUUGAUAGUCCAAAAGAUACAAACAAUUCUUCCGCAGAGAUUGCUGAUGUUGAUAGUUCAAAGGAUACAAAGAAUUAUUCUGCAAAGAAUGAUGAUGAUGAUAAUACCUCAAGGGAGUUGUAA